GCUCCAUACGUGCGCAAGGCCACGGAUAAGUGUAUCGUGCCAUAUUCGGGCCCCGACGAGCCGGCGAAGCCACCGCCACGGCCUACCGAUCGCUAUACGGGGCGUACAGUCGGCAUGCCGCCUGAACAUCGCGAAUACACCGCUACGCACUGCUAG